UUCAAAACUUCUACUAAAGCAUGGUUUUGAAAAUUUAUUAAUAUAACCUACAAAUGUUAUAGUAAAAUUUUACAAAAUGCCUGUUUGUAAAGUGAAAGAAGUGCUUGCAAACUCCAAUUCAUCGCCGUAUUUGGCUAACUUUGAAAGCAGUCUCCAACAGUUAAACAUCGACCAUAAUCAAGUUAAUGCCCAUGUAUUUGAGAAAAAUGGAAAACGCUUAAUAGCCAUCUCCACAGACAAAUGUGUUUACAGUAGUCAAGUUUCAGAUAGUGAAAACGAUUUAUGUCGAACGUUAAUUGUUAUCCGUAAGAAAAAUAGUCGCAAGGUUGUUCUUGCUGAAGCUAAACCAAUUACGCUGUCUGUUUCCAAGAAAAGUUUGAACACACCCGAAAAGAAGGCUCUUACCGUAUCAGAAAAUAUUCGCGAAUUAAAUAAACAAUUUGGUACAAAAAAAGCGAAACGUGCUACGGAAUUACGAGAACGAAUGAAAAUUGACAUUGGAACGGUAAAAGAACAUUUAGAAACUACAAUAGCUGCUGUGGAUUCACCAUUAAACGCAUCUGUAAUACAAGAAGGAAAGGAAACAAAUGAAGUUCAGUCUUAUCAACCACCGAUAAAUCGAGACGCUAAAACAUUUGAAGAUGCAUUCAACCUGCAUGAUUAUAUUACGGAUACCGAAUUGAAUGAAUUUAAAAAAGAUGCUAAAAAAUUAUUAAAUGCAACUUACGAUGAUAUUCAAAAUUGUUGUCCGUAUAUUACGGAAGAAAUCGCCAAAUUACAAAGUGAAAAUUGUCAAUUAUCAGAAAAUGAUAAAAUCAGACGUAUAUCAAUACUAUUAUACGCUCAAGUGAUCGAUAAUUAUUUAAGAACUCCGGCAUUGCAAUUGAGAAAUAGAUCUUUCAAUAUAUACACGUCUUUAAUCACAGAAAAAAUAUUAAAUACAUUUGCAGUAAAAACCGAUAAGAAUGUUUUACGUCCGUUGUCAAUGCGUGAUAAGGCAUCUUGUUAUAUAUUAGUAUUACUUUUCAUGGUCUCGGAUCGACAUGUGGUUGAUACAGAAGAGGUGGCAAAAUCAUUAAAAUUGCCCUUAUCAAAAACGCAACAACUUGCUAGAGUUUGUGGUGCACGUCCAAUGGCCAAAAGUAGAAGUUUGUAUGAAAUUAAAUUACCCAUACCUGAAUUUAAAUUAGUUAUUAAUAAAACUUCCAAAAGAAAAACACUCUGAAUUUAUGAUUGUAAAAUUCAAGGAAAAAAUAUAUUCUUUUCUAUUAUAA